AUGUGUGUUUUGUUGUCUAAUAAAAAUGGGGACAGUGCAAGGCCUAUUGGUCAAAACGAUGCCGGUAAUUCGUCCGAAAAUAAACUCAGUGCAAAUAAAGGGAAUGGUUUAGAAAAAACAUUUCAAUUUAAUGGUAGUAAUAUAUAUUUGGAGGAUGUGUUGUUUGCUCUUAAAAAUCAAAAUUGGACGGAAGAAGAAAAACCAUGCUUGGAUCAAACCGUAUUGUGGUUAAGAGCAUUGCAGAAUUUUACACUAUGGGCUGUUUGGGAUUGGGAUGCCAUUUCAUCCGAACCUCAAGGUCUACUCUUCGGAAGUCGCUUUCACCUUGGCAAUUUUGACGAGUGCAUGAAUGCCCCGUGGCACAACGAUCGGCCAGAGCUGAGGACGCAGUAUUGCCUUGCGGAUAUUACUUUACAUAGAACUGACAACCCAAUCAAAAAAAGGAUAUCUGACCCAUAUGAUCCCUAUCAGUCAGCACUUAAUGUUAUUGAGCACGAAUCCAUUUUCCGGCGUCCCCUAAAUCAGUUAACAUGGGGUGUCUGUGUUCCUGCGGUUUGCCACAGAAAUUCCGUAGUCCGCCUGAUGGGUAUUCUAUUGGCACACAGUCACCUGGGAACUGCUGGUCUCAAGGCAAACGUUGCUGUACCAGAUCAAUGUCAGAAGGCAGGUGAAGACAGGGAAUAUGACAUUCAGUUUUAUGCUUUUAUGGUGCUGUUCAGCUUUUUAGCAGCAAUUACCCUUGUGUGCACAUUUUUGAAUAGAAAGGGCUCCUACUUAAUACCUACAGGAGAAUAUCGCGGACAAACAACGAGACACGAAACUUUUGUAUACAAAGAUAUGUAG